CUUUGGUUAUUAAAAAAAAGAAGUCCAGUGGCGCUUUCACAGCACUGACAAACGGACAUUUAGAGAUGCCUUCAUAGGUUUUGUGACAGCGGACAGCUCCGGGUCUGAUGGGGGUCGUGAAGUUUAACGGCUGCCGGCUGUCGGCUGUAACACGGAGGGUGGGAGCGUUUUAACCCGGAGAAGCAACAGGAGGUUGAGGUGGACGAACAUGGCGGACAGAUGCAGGCUUGCAGCUGCCGAAUAAGCGUUGGGCAAAGCGAAACUGAAGACGAAGGACGGCUGCCGGGUGACUCGUCACGUAUCUCACCGUUACAUGGAUAGCCGGGUCUCUUCAGGACUAUAAAAGCCCUCCACCAAAGCCGUAUGGCGUCUACUCAAGCCCGGAUAGGCCAGCAGGCCUUGGUGGUGCUGGAUGUGGCUCUGCGAGUUCCAUGUAUUUUUAUUAUCGACGCCAUUUUUAACUCUUACUACGACCCUGGCUCGGGAAUGGCCGGGGCGAUGGGGAAGGUGUUGGUCAGAGUCAUGGGUGUCCUCAUCUCCACUGUGGUGCUGCUGCUUUCUCAGAAAGCCUUGUUUAAGUUCUACACUCUAUUCUUUGCUGUCCUCCUUGGCAUGGCAGCAGUCCUCAUAAACUACUACGCCACCUCCCACAUGGACUUCUACAAUGCCUACUACAAAGCAGCCUUGGGCUUCAGGUUGCUGCCUAGAAACGGGCCGACGCUGUGGCUGGGCAUGGCCGCCGUCCAGCUCGUCUUUGGGAUUGGCUAUGUGUUUUUGCUUAACCUCCAGUCGGUGUUUGCUGCGCUGGUGGUCCUGGACAUCAUGAUUCCUCUGUGGGGGCUGAUGAUUGAACUUCCUGCAGAUGUCAGGCAUCUGGUGGCAAUGUUCUCGGGCCUGGUGCUGGCUCUCAGUACGGCCGUUUGCCUCGCCACAAGGCUCAAAUGGUUCUACUAUUCAUGCCGGUACGUCUACCUGCUCGUACGGCACAUGUACAGGAUCUAUGGACUCCAGCUGCUGCUGGAAGACACGUGGAAGAGGAUCAGGUUCCCUGAUGUGCUUCGAGUGUUCUGGCUGACCCGGGUAACAGCCCAGGCACUGAUACUGGUUUACGUGGUGCAGGCGGUGGGGAGAGAGAGCGGAGAUGCCACAGGUGGAGCUGCAGAUGGGAGCUCUGAUGCACAGGGUUACCUGCUGAGCUGGGAUGUGUUCUGGGAUCUCACGAGUAACCUGAUCAUCUCCGGCUGCGACUCCACGCUCACUGUGCUGGGGAUGAGUGCCGUUAUCUCCUCUGUUGCACAUUACCUGGGCCUCAGCAUCCUGGCUUUCAUAGGUUCGACUGAGGAGGAGGACAAGCGGUUAGGCUUCGUGGCUCCUGUCCUGUUUUUCAUCCUGGCUCUUCAGACCGGCCUCAGCAGUCUGGAUCCUGAGGAACGCCUGGUCCGCCUAAGCCGGAACAUGUGUCUUCUGCUGACCGCCAUCCUGCACUUCAUUCACGGCAUGACUGACCCCGUCCUCAUGUCCCUCAGCGCUUCCCAUGUCUCCUCUUUUCGGCGGCAUUUCCCCGUCCUGCUGGUGUCCCUGGCGCUCUUUGUACUCCCCGUGGUGCUCAGCUACGCCCUCUGGCAUCACUAUGUCCUCAACACAUGGCUCUUUGCCGUCACCGCCUUCUGUGUUGAGCUCUGCCUCAAGGUGGUUGUGUCUUUGACCGUCUACGGCCUCUUCAUGGCUGACGGAUUCUCCAAUGUCCUGUGGGAGAAGCUGGAUGACUAUGUCUACUACGUGCGCUCCACGGGCAACAUCAUCGAGUUCCUGUUCGGCGUCAUCAUGUUCGGAAACGGCGCCUACACCAUGAUGUUCGAGUCGGGCAGCAAGAUCCGCGCCUGCAUGAUGUGCCUGCACGCUUACUUUAACAUCUACCUGCAGGCCAAGAACGGCUGGAAAACAUUCAUCAACCGCCGCACUGCUGUCAAGAAGAUCAACUCCCUGCCGGAGGUGCGCGGGGACCAGCUGAGGAACAUCGAGGACGUGUGCGCCAUCUGUUAUCAGGAGUUCGCCACCUCAGCCCGCCUCACGCCCUGCCACCACUACUUCCAUGCACUGUGCCUGAGGAAGUGGCUCUACAUCCAGGACACGUGCCCCAUGUGCCACCAGAGAGUUUACGUUGAGGAGGAGAGCAGAGACAGAGCCGCCUUUUCCAAUAACAACGGGGGCUACGCAGCGCCGCAGGACGCCGCCGCUGCUGCUGCGGGCCCACCAGCACCGGGGGACAAUCAGCAAGGACAGCCGGCAGCAGAGCUACAGGCCAAUGGAGCAGCAGUCGGUGCGCAGGCCGCGGGAGGAGCGGCGGCGCUCGACCACGACCUGCUGGAGGACAAUGACAGCAUAGAGUAUGACGAAGAUGAGUGGGGGACUCAGAACGGCAGCGCCCUGAUAGAAGAAGACUAUAUCAAUGAUGACACAGAUUCCACAGAGGACUGACGACAGAAGAGCUAUAGAUAAAUAAACAUAUAUCUUUAUUAUAUUUAAGUUAAGAAAUGAUAAAGGACAUCUUAAGCAUCUUAAUUUGCUCUUGAAAAAUGUCAGGGAUGUCUCUUUCUCUUGUUAGUUUCUUUACGUUUUUGAGUUUUACUCUACAAGGGCUCGUGGAAAGAGUAACUGCUGCUCUCGUUCUGUGUGUAUGCGUGCGCGUGUGUGUGUGUGCAUGUUGAAGCUGUAUGACGUAGACCAAAAAACUCCCAACUGCUCUUUUUAUUUGACAGUAUCUCUGGAGUAUCAAGAUCCUGAUAGAAAUCUUGCUAUGUGGGCACAGCUGUCUUUGCACCGUUUAUUUCCUGAUGCCAAUCAGAACGUUUAUAAUAAAAAUAAAUAUCAGACUAUCUGCAGCCGCAGAUUCUGCCCUGUUGGAGAUGGCGGUAGAAAUGCUUUGUUCCAAAUGGAGAAAAGAAACAAAGCUGCACAUUGUUUUCUUUCUUUAGACUUUGUCACUUAUGAGCAUAAAAACUGUAAACUUACCUGGUUUGAAAUUUAGCUGAGCUCCUCCUUCAGGAUCCUUGUUUUGUGCACCUCUGCAAAGCUUUCAGAUUGUCUGCUGUUUUUUUUCAUUGCUCUGUGGUCUCUCCUGUUCUGACCACUCUGGAUUGCCUGUUGUAUUUCCUCCAAUUUGUCAAAACCGUGACUUAAAUUUCAUUUUAAGGAAGAAAGGGGAGGGCUGAGCUGGAGGCUUUUAGAUUUACCAGUUCAUUACGCUACAACCCUCACCCUGUGGCCAUGACCAAAACAGGAAGGUCAAGAAUACAUGCGGCUCACUUACAUUUGUAAUGAGUAGGCUGGCUGGGCUUAGCCUUAUGUGUGAUUCGUGUUUAAUGCAGAUGCAUGCACCUCACUUAAGAUACGAAGCUCGGAGUAGAGCCGCUGCUCGUUCAUCUCAGGCCGAGCCAGCUGAGGCGGUUCAGGCGUCUGGUCAGAAUGCCUCCUGGACUCCUCCCUUCAGAGGUUUUCCUGACACGCCCGGGUGCGAGGACACGUUACAGCAGACCUAUAAACAGAAUUGUAAAGUGCUUCUGGUGAGCAGGAUAUCUGCUUAGCCUGCUCCUACCACAACCCUCCUUCAGAUAAUGGUUGGACUGAUGUCAUGGAAAAAGUCAGAGAGGCUAAUCUGGCUAGUAGGGUGGGCGGUGGAUGAUGACGUUUUAGUGUAGGUGGUUUGUGCCACGCACUCUCACGGCAUUACAGUAGAGCUUUGCAUAGACAGUUUGACCUUGGUGGACAAAUCCACCACCACCACCAAUCCGUAGUCCAAAACAAUGAGUCUACUUGAUCUGAUGUGCUGCCUUCAGAGAUCUCAUCCACACUGAUGAUUCUUAGCGUGAAAGUUGUGUCUGUUUGAAAAUGGAGUUCUCUCUGCACGAGUUAAAGGUUCGUAGGUUCCUGGUUAAAAUAGAGAAACUGUAAAAGAUCUGAAAGUACAAACCAUGCUGAGUGGUUCAGAGGUGCACGAGGGGGUGAGGCUGAAGGGGGGAGCCUGGUGAAAUGUAAGUUAUGGUGAGAGUCUCGGAACAUAAAUGCACUUAAUAUGCAGCCCUGACUUGUGUGUGUAAAGGUGAGCGUGGUCGUUUGUGUGCCUGCCGACUUGUAAUGUGAUAAGACGGUGUCUUAAUAAUUCGGUUCAUGUUCCCUCGUGGUGUGCUGCAGGGAAAAAUGCUGGAGUGUUUAUUAACCACACAACUGAGGAGCAAUUUGAACAGAUUUGGAGCUCUAGUCAUUCUGCAGGAUUUGAGUUUUUAGAAAAGCUGUGAGCACAAACUCUGUCACGACUGAUUCAGCUGUUUUUAUUUGAACAGACGAUUGAUCCCAAUCAAAGUUACCAUCUUUCACCUCAGUGACGUUAAACAUGUUUGAUUAGUUUCCUGUGUGUUUAAAUCACAUCUCAAAUUUGCAGAUUGAUCACAGCUCAGGUUUGUGGUAAACUCACUCAGCUUUUGUUUUUGUUGGUUUUUGUCCUUUAAAUGCAAACCGAGUAUUUGUGAAUGAAGCAGGAGAGCGAAGCAGUUUCCUAUCAGCUUUGCGCCCACCAGAGAAAACUGAGAGGUGUCUCAUUUUUUUUUUUUUUUUUAAAAAGGUGACAUCCUACUGUAAUCACUGAUAUACCUCUGUCAUUACUUACUACUGGUCUCUUGUGUGACCUUGCUUACAUUUGUGUACGUUAUUGUACAUAUAAUGAAACAAACACGUGCACACUUUUCCCCUUGACGCUACUUUCUACAUCAUUCUUUUAAGAAAUCAGUAUUGAUUUUGGCUAAAAGCUUGUCUCAGACCCGGGAGCGGUUAAUAAGAGUGUGAAGGUGCGGUGGAAAGCACAUCUGAAGAGCUAUAGUCCAAAAAUGUAUUUGGUGAAAUGAUUGCUAUGUUCAGUAACGGUCAUAAAAUACAGCAUGAGGAGGUGCCAGUUCUUUUGCAUUUCUUAAAGGAAAGGUCCAUCAGUUAGUUUUAGUUGUUUUAAAAGAGCUGGAUGGAAUUUCUGUUCCCACACUGGUGGUUUUAUCAUUCACUAAAUGCAUAUUUUCUUUCUAAUCACUGGUAUAGACAGAUUUCUUGUUGUGUCCGAGCAAUGAGGACGGCACUUUUUUAAAGGCUAAAACUGUGUUAGUAGCCACAGGCUGGAAGAAAGAAACUGGAAAAAAUCCAGACGUGCAACCUCUGAAGGCAGUGUGUGAUCAUGUUGUUAAAAAUUUGUGUUUAAAAGAAUAAAAAGGUUUUAUUUUCCUGACGUUUAUACCUGCUGAUCUAAAAUUUUAAACUACUGGUCCAAAACGAAGCCCCGGCUGACACAGCUCCCUCAGCGACUACAGAGAUCUUUAAUGUGAAACUGUAUUAAAACUGGCUUUCAAGCACAACUCCACAAGUAUUAUGAUGUGUAGACUUCCACAGCCCGAACGUUUUAAAGGGUUUGACUACAAACUUGUGCUCUGUGCUGUUGUUUUAAAAAAAAAAAAAAAAGCUGCAAGGAAUCCAUUUAAUUCUUGCUCGAUAAGAGGAUAUAUGAGGAAGUGUUGGGUCUAAUUUGAUUAGAAAGCUGUGCUUUUUUGUUUCAGUAAUGAAGGACUUUGAUUAUUAGUUUGAUUGUUCUGAAAGCUUUUUAAAAGGUAAAAGCUGUUCAUUUUGCCUUUUGUUUUAAAAAAGAGAUUUAUGUAAAUAAAAUCAUCUUUGAUAUUG